GACAAGCCCAAAAUGGUGGGCUGGAUUGUUGAGUUGAAGACAAAGUCCCAUAUACCCAAAUCCGGGCCCAGGCACAGCUCUCAAUCUCUCUUUUUUUUCUCAGAUCUUUGUGGCGGCUCUUCUUCAAGAUUGGAUCAGCCUCUCUCUCUUCUCUCUCUCCCUCGGACUGUCAGACGAGUGAGAAUGGAAGGCAAAUCGUACCAGAGGCUUCCGUUUCUGCACCUCUCCUUCUGCUUUACUCUCUUCUCCUCCGCCGCGGACCUCUCGUUCAUGGAGGUUUGCCGAGGCUCGACUAUUCAGAUACUGAAUUUCGCCGACGCAGUGGCGAUUGGAAGCCGAUCGCCGGAGCGAUUGCUCAAGAUUCUCGAUGUGUUCGAGACUUUGCGGGAUUUGAUGCCCGAAUUCGAGUCAGUGUUCUCCGAUCAGUACUGCUUGUUUCUCCAGAACGAAGCGAUUACGAUUUGGAAAAGGUUAGGCGAAGCGAUCAGAGGCAUUUUCAUGGAGUUGGAGAAUCUGAUCAGUCUUGACCCUGCAAAAACUCCAGUUCCUGGCGGCGGAUUGCAUCCAAUCACUCGAUAUGUGAUGAAUUAUCUUCGGGCAGCUUGCCGAUCGCGCCAGACCCUUCAACAGGUUACAGAUGCCUUGAGAAAAGAAGGUUUAGAGUCAUCUAAUCUCAUCGUCAGAAUUGACUUCACCAAGAGCAACGAAUGGACGGGCAAAGUUUCAUUCAGAAACCGGAGCCUGCACGCCAUUGGCGAUGAACCUAAUCCAUAUGAGAAAGCUAUCUCCAUAAUUGAAAAAACUUUAGCUCCAUUUGAUGAAGACAACCUCAUUCCUUGUUUCGACUUUGGUGAUGCUACCACUCAUGAUCAAGAGGUGUUUAGCUUUCACAAUGAUCAUUCGCCUUGCCAUGGUUUCGAAAAAGUCUUGGCCUGCUACAAAAGAAUACUUCCAAAUUUGCGACUUUCGGGGCUAACAUCUUAUGGACCUGUAGUUGAAGCUGCAAUGGAUAUUGUGGAGAAAAGUGGAGGGCAAUACCAUGUUUUAGUUAUCAUUGCAGAUGGCCAGGUCACCAGAAGUAUCGAUACUAGCGACAAUGAAUUGAGUCCACAGGAGCAGAAGACGAUCGGAUCAAUUGCAGAUGCAAGUUUCUAUCCGCUCUCGAGUGUUCUUGUUGGAGUCGGGGGUGGUCCUUGGGAAGACAUGAGGAAGUUCAAUGACAAGCUCCCUUCACGCGAAUUUGAUAAUUUUCAGUUCGUUAACUUCACCGAAAUUAUGUCUAAACACACAACUUCAUCCGAGAAAGAAACUGCAUUUGCUCUGGCUGCCCUCAUGGAAAUCCCAAUCCAGUAUAAGGCUGCUGUUGAAUUCGGUAUACUUGGACGUACGGCAGGGAAAAAGAAGAAAAUCGUUCCACGCCCACCACCAGUCACCAUCUCCACCACCAGUCACCAUCUCCACGCCAGAAAAGCUGCAAACCCAGCUCCAGCAACUGGACUUGCCGCAGAUUGCUGUGAUUCACCAACCUUCUCCACAGCUCCCCUGCAAGACCUCUUCGUCCCGUCGUCGGCGUCUGUUGCUGUUAUAUAGACUGGGAAAAUCGAAUGAGGUGCGUCUACAACUGCGGAUCCAGGGAGCUCUCUGUCCAUGCUCGUCUUCUUCAUCUCCACCAAUGGAGACAUUUGCAGCACUACAAAAAAAAAAAAAAAAAAAAAAAAACACAACGGAGAUCUCACCAAAACGCAGCGACAAAUCCACCAAGCCCCGAACCGUCUCCGUCUUCGUUGAGCUCUUCGUCCAUGCUCUCCAUUCUGCCCAUCUAGCCCAGUAAGAUCUUCAUGUUGCAGUAUGGGCAGUUUGUCUCUCUCUAAGGAUGAGCAGCGUGGCCUUCUCUUUUCGAUCAUUG